AUGCCUAAGCUUGCAUGGUUAAGGAUUAAGCUUUUGAUUGUUUUUUCUGAAGUGGCACUGACAAUUGAAAUAACACCCGCAGGUUACAUCCACAGAGCUUCAAGGAGCUUAAAUCCUCAUCCCGAAGAAAUAGAUGCAUCAGCUAAUCUUCUUCUUGAAACCUCCAGAGUACUCGGGGACUGGUUUAACUUGUCACCAUAUGAAAUCUUUGCCUACCUUCCUUCUAUUGAUACCUCCCGGACGGAUAUCUGGCACGUGUGUCCGGCCAUAUUCAAACCCGUCCCCUGCACGGUCUCCCGGUUCCGGUCCAUGACCGGAAAGUGCAACAACAUGAAGCACACGAUCUGGGGCUCCGCAAACACUCCUUUCGUUCGACUGAUACCACCCGUCUACACUAAUGGUAUCGAUUCUCCUCGGGUGUCGUCUGUGGAUGGCGGUCCUCUGCCCAACGCAAGAAGAGUGAGUGCUGCCAUUCACAAAGACUAUGACAUGCCCGAGCGGAACAUCACGGUGCUUUUCAUGUCCUGGGGGCAGUUCAUUGAUCAUGAUCUGACGCUGGCUGCGCAGCCCAGAGAUGAGAAUGAAAUUGAAAUCGCCUGCUGUAAAGUACCACCGGCUCUUCGACACAAGUACUGCAUGCCUCUACAAAUCCCUGCAAAUGACCCGUUCUACUCCAAGUAUGAUGUCACUUGUAUGGAUUUUAAGAGAACGAUGGCAGGACACCUACCUGGGUGUGCUCUUGGUCCCAGGGUUCACAUUAACUUGCAGACAGCUUCUAUCGACGCUAAUUUCUUAUAUGGUUCUGCUGACGAGUUAGCCACAAAGCUGCGACUCGGAACGAAAGGUUUGAUGAGGACUUGGGAUAAAUUUGGUGAUUUAGGCUUAAAAGAACUGUGCCCGCCGCUAACAGACACUCCUGAAAAAGACUGCAUUGCAAGACCAAGAAGCUUGUACUGCUUUCUGGCUGGUGACGAGCGAGUGAACGAGCAAAUCCACCUGACCGUGCUCCACACGUUGUAUGUACGACACCACAACCGCAUCGCCAGGAUAUUGUCGAAGUUGAAUCGACACUGGGAGGACGAAAGGCUCUACCAAGAGACGAGGCACAUCAUAGCCGCACAAGUCCAGUACAUCGCCUACAACGAGUUUUUGCCUAUUUUGCUGGGCCCUGUGUAUAGGCAGAGGUAUAACCUUACUUUGCAACAAACGGGUGAUCAUCCGAAUGCAAUAAUUGAAUUCUCAAACGCAAAAGGGAUGUAUCGAUGGACAGUUCAUCCAGAAAUUUUGGUGGAUGCAGCAAUGGCACUGACAACUGAAAUAACACCCGCAGGUUACAUCCACAGAGCUUCAAGGAGCUUAAAUCCUCAUCCCGAAGAAAUAGAUGCAUCAGCUAAUCUUCUCCUUGAAACCUCCAGAGUACUCGGGGACUGGUUUAACUUGUCACCAUAUGAAAUCUUUGCCUACCUUCCUUCUAUUGAUACCUCCCGGACGGAUAUCUGGCACGUGUGUCCGGCCAUAUUCAAACCCGUCCCCUGCACGGUCUCCCGGUUCCGGUCCAUGACCGGAAAGUGCAACAACAUGAAGCACACGAUCUGGGGCUCCGCAAACACUCCUUUCGUUCGACUGAUACCACCCGUCUACACUAAUGGUAUCGAUUCUCCUCGGGUGUCGUCUGUGGAUGGCGGUCCUCUCCCCAACGCAAGAAGAGUGAGUGCUGCCAUUCACAAAGACUAUGACAUGCCGAGUUCGGACAUCACGGUGCUUUUCAUGUCCUGGGGGCAGUUCAUUGAUCAUGAUCUGACGCUGGCUGCGCAGCCCAGAGAUGAGAAUGAAAUUGAAAUCGCCUGCUGUAAAGUACCACCGGCUCUUCGACACAAGUACUGCAUGCCUCUACAAAUCCCUGCAAAUGACCCGUUCUACUCCAAGUAUGAUGUCACUUGUAUGGAUUUUAAGAGAACGAUGGCAGGACACCUACCUGGGUGUGCUCUUGGUCCCAGGGUUCACAUUAACUUGCAGACAGCUUCUAUCGACGCUAAUUUCUUAUAUGGUUCUACUGACGAGUUAGCCACAAAGCUGCGACUCGGAACAAAAGGUUUGAUGAGGACUUGGGAUAAAUUUGGUGAUUUAGGCUUAAAAGAACUGCUGCCGCCGCUAACAGACACUCCUGAAAAAGACUGCAUUGCAAGACCAAGAAGCUUGUACUGCUUUCUGGCUGGUGACGAGCGAGUGAACGAGCAAAUCCACCUGACCGUGCUCCACACGUUGUAUGUACGACACCACAACCGCAUCGCCAGGAUAUUGUCGAAGUUGAAUCGACACUGGGAGGACGAAAGGCUCUACCAAGAGACGAGGCACAUCAUAGCAGCACAAGUCCAAUACAUCGCCUACAACGAGUUUUUACCUAUUUUACUGGGCCCUGUGUAUAGGCAGAGGUAUAACCUUACUUUGCAACAAACGGGUCACUGGUACGGUUACGACGAGAACGCUCAUAUGGGAAUCUCAAAUGCUUUCCAGUCCGCAGCAUUUCGAUUCGGCCAUACAUUUAUACAGAGUCGAGUCAGACUGUAUGACAAAUAUCACCAAUUCGUCGAUUCCAUCGAGUUACGCCAGUUACUGCGACAUCCUUUCGUAGUCAACGAACCAGGAAUUAUUGAUCACUUGGUUGGUGGUCUUAUUAACACUCCAGCCCAAACAUACGACCCUUUCAUAUCAUCAGAGGUUACAAACCAUCUUUUCCAAGAAAAACACCUGCCAUUCGGUAUCGACCUAGUAGCCACAAAUCUUCUCCGUGGAAGAGAAAUGGGUGUCCCUGGAUAUAACCACUUUCGAGAAUGGUGUGGACUAGGGCGGGUUGAGACAUUCGCGGAGUUGGAGUACUACAUGAGCAAUGGUACAGCUUUCAAGUUUUCACAGCUCUACAAGCAUCCGGACGACAUAGAUUUAUGGUCAGCAGGAGUAUCGGAAAAAGCGAUGUCCGGCGCACUGGUGGGCCCUACGUUUGCAUGCAUCAUCGCCCACCAAUUUCGAAUGUUGAGGAAAGGAGAUCGGUUCUGGCACGAAAAUCCGGGAUUGCCUUCUUCAUUUACACCAGCUCAGUUACGAGAAAUUCGGAAGACGAUACAGUCAAAAAUAAUAUGUGAAAAUGCAGACGACGUUCCAACGAUACAGAUCUGGGGAAUGCGAAUGCCAAAUCCAAUCACGAACCCGAGACUCCGUUGCGAAGAUUUGCCAGACAUUGAUUUCAGUUAUUGGGAGGAAGAUAUUAUUUCGGGAGAAUGGCGAUACACAUUGUGA